AUGGAACACGUCACAUCCACAAUCACCAAGCAAGCAGCAGAAGAACCAUUUUGCCCUCCAAACCCACAUCGAAGACCACAUAUUUCCAUCACCUCCAGCUCCAGCUCCAGCUCCAGCUUGGGAGCAUUUACAUCCGCAUCCUCAUCCGGUAUCUCUACACCGACAAGCCUGACACCAUCGUCACCGUCGACACCAACUGAAUUCAAACCGCAUCCGAAAUACAACUGCCACGUACCACAACUCUGCCCUAAAACAGGACACAAGAUUGAUGUUUUACAACGGAGUUUUCCUAAGCCGAAGGAGGAGGUUAACAUUGAGGAGGCUUUGGCGCGAGGUCCGCUGCCUGGAAGAUAUGCGAGGGAGCGAGUUGUUCGAGAGGAGACAGUAGAGCAGAAGAUGAGCGAGUUUGAGAGGGUGAAGAGAGAGUUGAGGGGAUUGAAGGAAUUCUAA